AUGUCUGCAAAGUCCAUCUACGAGGCCGACGGCAAGGCCAUCCUCAACUACCAUCUCACCCGCGCCCCCGUCAUCAAGCCCUCUCCUCUGGCCCCGGCAGCCUCCCACAACGCGCCCUCCAAGCUCGCCUCCCUCGACUUCCCGGCAGACGUCUCUGUAGAGGCCGUCCUCGACCAGGCAGAGGCUACCUACCCCUGGCUGCUCGUCAAGGACGCCCGCUUCGUCGCAAAGCCCGACCAGCUCAUCAAGCGAAGGGGCAAGUCGGGCCUGCUCGCACUCAACAAGACAUGGCCUGAGGCGAGGGCCUGGAUAGCAGAGAGAGCCGGCAGAGAGCAGCAGGUAGAGUCCGUCGUGGGCGUACUCAGACACUUUCUCGUCGAGCCUUUUGUCCCUCACCCACAGGACACCGAGUACUACAUCAACAUCAACUCCGUCCGAGAGGGAGACUGGAUUCUGUUUACGCACGAAGGAGGAGUGGACGUGGGGGAUGUCGAUGCCAAAGCUGAGAAGCUGCUCGUCCCCGUCAACCUGAAGCAGUAUCCCAGCAACGAGGAGAUCGCGGCCGGCCUGCUCAGCAAGAUCCCCAAGGGCAUCCACAACGUGCUGGUCGACUUCAUCACCCGCCUCUACGCCGUCUACGUCGACUGCCAGUUCACCUACCUCGAGAUCAACCCCUUGGUCGUUAUUCCUAAUGCCUCCAAGACCUCUGCCACCGUCCACUUCCUCGACCUCGCCGCGAAGCUCGACCAGACCGCCGAGUUCGAGUGCGGCACCAAGUGGGCCAUUGCUCGCUCCCCUGCUGCCCUCGGCGUCUCUGCCGCAGCCAAUGCCUCGUCCAAGGUCACCGUCGACGCCGGCCCGCCCAUGGAGUUCCCCGCCCCCUUUGGCCGCGAGAUGACCAAGGAGGAGAAAUACAUCUCCGACAUGGAUGCAAAGACCGGUGCCUCCCUCAAGCUGACCGUCCUCAACGCCUCGGGCCGCAUCUGGACCCUCGUCGCCGGUGGUGGUGCCUCCGUCGUCUACGCGGACGCCAUCGCCUCGGCCGGCCACGUCUCCGAGCUCGCCAACUACGGUGAGUACUCUGGCGCUCCCACCGAGACCCAGACAUACAACUACGCCCGCACCGUCCUCGACCUCAUGCUCAGAGCACCCCUCAGACCAGAAGGAAAAGUUCUCUUCAUCGGAGGCGGUAUCGCCAACUUCACCAACGUAGCCACCACCUUCAAGGGCGUCAUACGGGCCCUACGCGAGGUCGCUCCCGUCCUUGUUGAACAUAAAGUGCAGAUCUGGGUCAGGAGAGCUGGUCCAAAUUACCAGGAGGGACUCAAGAACAUCAAGGCCGUCGGAGAGGAGCUGCAUCUGGAUAUGCACGUCUUUGGUCCAGAGAUGCACGUCAGCGGCAUCGUGCCUCUCGCUCUCAGCGGCAAGACCACCGACGUCAAGGAGUUUGGCGCUUAA